AGACUCUAGGUUUUACAACACUUCAGCCUUGAUGAUACACAAACAACUGUCCAGGAUGUCACUGCAAAAAAAGAUUUGCUGUUCCUCAGCCCCAGGGAGAUUGGAAACUCAUGUCCCCAGCAUCCUGUCUGAACUGGGGAGCACAGGAGGGAUUUUGAGAAACAUCUCGGCAUCACGUUCACUGAGCAGGAAAGUUGCACAUGAUUUCUCAGCACCGCCACUGAUGGGCGACAGAAAAGAGCCACCUGAGUGGAUGGUGAGUGAGCUGCUGAAACAGAACAGGAGAAGACACUCUGUCACACUUGGUGAUAAGGCUCUACUCCCAAGAAGGCCGUGCAUCACUGAUUCCACUCGUGGCCUCUGCAGCCUCAAGAUUGAUGAGACCAUAUCGCUUGAUGAACUACAGGAACUGAAACGAGCAUUUGAGGAACAUGAAAUGGAGGGUUUAAGAUUUUCCGACGAGAAGAACUUUGUGAGGAUAGUGAAGAAAUGUUUGCCCAACACAAGCAAUGCACAAAUUCAGGAGUUAUUUAAGAAGAUUGAUUAUUCAGGCCAGGGAAGGAUUUCAUGGGGUGACUUGUGUGCACACAUGCUGCUGGAGUACAAAGAGAAGGAGGAAUCUGUCAGGCGCAGUAAAAAGGUGGCAUUCACUCUUCCAGCCACAAUCAGAUCCUUGUGUCACAGCAUUCCUGUCAUCAACAUCCGCUCCACCUGCGAUCAUACCAUCGUGACAGUACAAGAAGAUGGAGAAAUUCACUACUGGAGUACAGAUCUUAAGCCACAGAUGACCAAAAGCAUGUUUUGUGAGGGCCCUCUGAACAGGAAGACAAAGUGGGCAAGUGAUUUUACUCUCAUGACAGACUACAACAAGCUGAUCAUUGGAACCGGGGACAGAGAGCUCCAAUUUUAUGAGCUUUCCUCUCUAGAUCCUUAUUGCCAGAUCAGUGGAUUAGAAACAGUUCCUCUCACACUGGACUACUGUCACACCGGUGCUGAUGAGUGUUACAUUCUGUAUGGAGACACCCAGGGAUGUGUGAAUAUCAUUUCGAUAAACGUGGUAGGAGACACCCUCAGAUUGUGGAGUAAAUUUCCAAAAACUGCGAAUGUUCCCAGCAUAGCUAUUGACCAUGCAAUACGUACUUCAAAUGUGACAUUUACCCGAUGGAAGGUCCAUGAAGAUUGGGUAACAGAGGCCAAAUAUUUUAAAAGUUUCAAGGCUGUUGUCUCAACUUCGAACGAAGAAGCAUCUUCUCUUGUUAUCGGCUGUGCCCUGCCUUCCAUAAAUGCUGAGGAUGAAAUAAAGGAGAUCAGAGAGGCCUGUUAUAAAGGAAAACUGAAGAAGAUGCAGCUGAACUGGACUCCACAACUCCGGGCAGCCUGUGACCACACGGUGUUUGCCAUCCACAAAGGUGUGAAGACCUUUGACCUGUGUCAGAACCAAAGCUUGCUAAUUACUGGUGGGAUGGACCGACUCAUUCGUCUGUGGAACCCGUAUUUUUCAGGAAAGCCAACCGGGAUUUUGAAAGGCCACUCUGCUCCAAUUUUAUAUGUGCACAUCUCCUCUGAGGACCAUCAAAUCUUCUCGGUGUCCUCAGAUGGCACUGUUAAAAUUUGGGAUGUUCAAGAUCAGUAUUGCCUGUUUACAGCAGAGCCCAAAGCCAGUGGGAUUCACAGGGAGCUAUCUGCAUGUUUCUAUUGUCCUGCUGUGAAAUCUCUUUACAUUGCAGCAGAAUCUAUGGUUGUCCUGUCCCCUGAAAUGAGGCCACAGCUUUGCAGCCAUCUGACUGUUUCACAUAAUGAGCCUGUAAUGUGCUGCGGCUACAGUGAAGAGUUUUGCCUUGUUGUGAGCUGCGCGGAGGGAUCUGUGAUGAUGAAAGUUUGGGAUUUUGACAGUGGGAGUCAGGCUUUUGAGUAUGGCGGUGCUCACGACGUGUCUGCUAUCACAUGCAUGACUUUUGACCCCAAAGGGAGGAGGCUCAUUACUGGGGGGAGAGAUGGGUGCCUGAAGAUUUGGAACUUCAAUAAUGGUCAGUGCCUGAAGACAUUACAAAGGGAUGGUGAAUGUCUGGAGGUGUACGACUGCACGUAUCUGACGGCUCACAGCAAUAACUAUGUGAUGUCUGUUGGCCGGGGCCGGAAGAUUGAUAUUUACGCAGACAUACCUGAGGACCCUCAUAUCCAGAGGCCCCGGCCUUCAUGGCAGGAUGAUCUGAAAAAUGGACAUAAGGAUGACAUCCUCUGUGUGGCUCAGUGUCCGCCGUCUCUCCUGGCUACUGGCAGCUAUGAUGGAGAGAUUAUAGUCUGGAAUAUGAUAUCUGAACUCAUACAGUGCCGUUUUCUGAGCCCUCCUCCAUGUGAACAUCAAAAUGCUGAAGGAUUAGAUGCCCUUGUUUCAAGCCUAAUUUUUCUGAGAAACUCCAGCUUCCAGCAGUUUGCCUCGUGUCCCGCCCUCCUGUCUUCUGGAGCCACAGGGUGUAUAAACGUCUGGAAUGUGCUCAGUGGAGGAAAGUUUGUGAGCAGCUUUAAAGCUUCUCGAUUUCAGCAAAAAAUAAUAAAACUGGCUAAAACAGGAGAUGAUGCCUUACUAUAUGCUGCCGACAGAAUUGGUUACAUAUAUGUUUUCAACGUGGAGAAAAUCUUCCUCAGCUCUGUGCAGAAACCACCAACAGCAGAAAACUAUUGGCGUGCCCACAUCAGCACAAUUACUGGCCUGCAGAUUGUUGACAAUGAUCAAGUGGUGCUGACCUCAUCUACUGACGGAGCUGUGCGCCUUUGGAGCUCACGUGGUGAAUUCAUAGGGACAUUUGGCCAAUCUGAGAGAUGGAGCAUCCACUUCACUUCUUCCUGGAAGCAUCCAGCUGUGCCAUAUGAAGUUUUAAUUGAUCCCCUGAGUAUGCAACCUCAUGAAAUUCUGAACGCAAAAACAGGUUUUUCAGAUGUGAUCAAUCGUGACGACACAGGCUGAUUGAGGGCAGCCAGCUAAGGCACCUUAUUCAUAUUUUUACAAAUGAUUUUCCAAGCUUCAUAAUGUAUACUUUCCUUUAACCUCAAAUGUUGAACUGAGAUGAACCUUUUCUGUCCGUCGUAUGGAAUAAUUGCAGUCAGAGGUGCAGAAUAUGCUUAGAAUUCUGACCCAAUCCAUCUUUGACAGAUAAUGAAGAGCAGUUUUACCCAGAGGAGCAUUGGACACACUGAAUUAAGAUCAUCACACCAGCAUUGACCACAUACAUAUUAAAUGCAACAUUGCACCUCUCUCUCUUCAUUAUGCAGCAAAUUAAAAUUUAGAUUUUAGUGUCUUAUAUUUCAGGCUCUGUCAUGAAAUCAUAUCAACUUUCUGUCAAAUCACUGCACUGUGAAGCACUUCUGCUUUGUGAUAGAAAGUAUUGAUCUUUUACUUCCACCCAGAAGGCACUGUUUUCCCUCAUGUCUGCUGUUUUGCUGUGUUUUUCAGAAUUCAUCAAAAAUGAUUGAACCAGUGAUCAAAAUAAAUAAAAUAAAAUACCUAAUGAAAAGCUUCCUCCUGAUG